UUGUAACCAACAGUGCUUUGGAGAGAGUCGCGUCUGACGGCGGUCAAAUUUGUACCUUGGAAGACGACCUGAAUUUUUCGUCUUCAAAAUUAAGAAAAAAAAGACCCACAAAGAAUCCAGUUAUAUUCCUCAUCGUUCGUCGAAGGCUUCAGAAGCUCCCCACAACAAAACCGUAUCCGGAGUGAAAAAUGUGGCCGUUCAGUCGAUCCUGUCAAAGCAAAGCCAGACUCGUUGGAAGAACAAUUGUUAUAACGGGUGCCAAUACAGGAAUUGGUAAAGAAACUGCGCGGGAUUUGUACAGAAGGGGAGCCAGAGUGGUGUUGGCAUGCAGAGAUCUUGCCAAGGCGAACGCGGCAGCUGAAGAUUUGAAAAAAGUUCCACCAUCAAAGCCUGACAGAGAACAGUUUAUCGGAGAACCCGGUGAAGUCGUUGUCUGCAAAUUGGAUUUAAACAGCUUAGCUAGUGUUAAAGAAUGCGCUAAGCACAUAUCGACCACUGAAUCAGCUGUUCAUAUCCUGAUAAACAAUGCAGGGAUAAUGAUGUGCCCCAAAGGCACUACGGAAGAUGGAUUCGAGACGCAACUUGGAACUAAUCACCUCGGUCAUUUUCUCUUCACGAUGCUUCUCCUUCCGAAAAUAAUUCAAACACAAAAGGCAUCCGAAUUUUGUUGUAGAAUCGUGAAUGUCUCGUCCAUGGCUCACGAAGGGGGAGACAUACGCUUCGACGAUCUUAUGGGUGAAAAAUCGUACAACGCGAUCAGCGCCUACACUCAGAGCAAACUGGCGAACGUUCUGUUCACUCGGGAACUGGCACGCCGAUUAAAAGAUGAUAAUAUCGGUGGAAUAAAUGUCUAUUCGCUCCACCCUGGCGUGAUAAAAUCUGAACUGGGACGUCAUUUGAACGAAGGUCUUUUCCGAGGUGCCAGAUUCUUCUUCUCGAUAUUGUCUCCUUUUAUAAAAAAUGUGGAGCAAGGAGCACAGACGACGUUACAUUGCGCGGUUGAUGAAGGAGCUGCCAAGGAAACUGGACUUUACUACAGAGAGUGUUCGCCUACCAAACCGUCGUCGAAUGCGCAGGAUGAUGCAAAGGCCGCGAGACUUUGGGACGAAAGUGUAAAGCUCGUCGGUCUUCCAUCGAAUAAUUUAUCCGAAAUUGUUGAAAAAGUUUCGAAGGAAUAUCUCAAGUGAUUGGCGGGGAUAGGGGUGAAAAGCUUCGGCUGCUAUUGAAAUGUUGGAAGAUUGGAUAUGUACACAGUCUUGUCUUGAAAAAGAAAAAAAGUAAACUUCAUGGGACUUGAGUGGUAUUCAAGUUUCUAAAAAAAAACUCAGAAGUAAUUUAAUUUAAGAAUAAUUUAGACAAUCGUUAAGUUGGAAUUGUAAAAAAAAAUUUUGUACCGUAUAUUUUUCAAUCAUUUGUCAUUGUUCGAUAUAAUAAAAAAUUUCAUUGAUAUAUAUA